AUCUCCUUCCUCCCUCCGUAUCUUUCUGCACACAAUUGUACCCUUCUUCUCUCUCUAUCUCUCUAUCUCUUGGUCAUUUCAAUUUUCGAGCUCAAUGGCCGACACAGCACUCCACCUCCAACUCCCCUAAUCCUUAUAAUCUCUCCAAUCAACCCACAAAUCAAACCACCCAAAAACGCCCACCACCUGUUCGACGAAAUGACCACUACUCCUCUCAGGCUCUUACUCACCAACGGCGUCGUUUCCGACCCUUCCACCACUCCUCCUGUCACCACCUUCCUCGAGACCCACCCAGGGGCUUACACCACGUCUCGCACUCACAACAACGCCUCAUUGGUGUUGUUCUGGGAGAGGCACUUGAAACGGCUCACGGACUCCGUCAGGAUUCUAUACAAUGCCAAUCCUCAGCUUCUUUUCGGACCCAACAAGACUUUGGUUCCAUUACCAUCACUGGCGGCUGAUUCUCUUUUGCUUCGGUCAAGGGUUGGUGAUCUUGUUAAUGAUUCGAUGAACAAAGUGCUGCCGGUUGCUUUGGAGGGGAGGAGUGACGGGGAGGAGCUGUCGAUUACUACUUUGGUGAGUGGCAAUUUGGGGAGAUUGGGUGAGAGUGGGGACUUGGAGCUUGACAGAAAUGGUGAGGCUCUUGAUGUGAGCAUUUACGUUGGGAUUUAUGUGCCGCCUGUGUUUGGUGUCAGUAGAAACGGUGCGCAGUUGGCUGUGGUGGGUCGUGGGAGAGAUGUCGCUGCUGCUAAGUACUCAGAUUGGGUAAGGAUAAGGAAGCCUUUGGAGAGGUUGAGGCCACCCUCAGGGACCGAGCUCUUGUUGUCCAACGAUGGUGAUAGGAUUCUUGAAGGCAGCGUGUCAAACUUCUUUGUGGUCUGCCGAAAGGAAGACAAUGAAGCUAAGGAGCAAACUAUUGACUGUUUUGAAGUACAGACAGCUCCUAUUAGUGAUGGUGUCCUACCAGGAAUUAUACGCCAACUAGUCAUUGAAGUAUGCUUGAGCAAGGGAAUCCCUUUUCGAGAAGUUGCACCACUGUGGUCAGAGCAUGAAUUUUGGGAAGAGGCAUUCAUUACAAGUAGCUUAAGACUUAUGCAGCAUGCGGAGACUGUUCGUGCUCCAAGUUCAUGGGAAUCACUGCAUGGCAACUCUUGGAAGGAUAUAUCAUGGAAGGAGAAGCAGUUUAAGAAGGGUCCUGGGAUGAUUACUACAAUAAUUCAGAAGGAGAUAAUGGAAAAGGCAGUUUCAGAAGGAUACUCUUUGAGUUGCUUUGCAUAG